GGUUGGCGGCGCGAGCAGUAGCGGCGGCGGCUUCUUUGUUGUCGGCGACAGAGACCGUGGCAAGGGGAGGGGGCGGGGAGAAAGAGGGAGAGAGAUGAACGUGGACCGGAUCGAAUUGUGCGAGAGCCUCCUAACGUGGGUCCAGACAUUUGGUGUACAGGUGCCAUGCAAGAAAAUAGACGAUUUGACAAGUGGGGUUGUAAUGGCACAAGUCUUACAGAAAAUAGAUCAGUCAUGGUUUGAUGAAACCUGGAUGAGUCGUAUCAAGACAGAAGUGGGGGACAACUGGCGACUAAAGGUUAGCAAUUUGAAGAAAAUUUUGAAAGGAAUUAUGGAUUAUUAUCAUGAGGUCCUGGGACAACAAAUUACUGACUUUCCUUUGCCAGAUGUUAAUAUGAUAGGAGAACACUCAGAUGCAGCAGAACUUGGACGAAUGCUACAGCUCAUUCUUGGCUGCGCUGUCAACUGUGAGCAAAAACAAGAACAAAUACAAACUAUCAUGAUGAUGGAAGAGUCUGUUCAGCAUGUUGUCAUGGCAGCCAUUCAAGAGCUUAUGAGUAAAGAAACUCCAGCAUCAGUUGGGAACGAUGCUUAUCUGGAUCUUGAUCGCCAGUUGAAGAAAACUACUGAAGAGCUAAAUGAAGCGUUGGCUGCCAAGGAGGAAAUUUCGCAAAGAUGCCAUGAACUCGACAUGCAGGUUGCAGCUCUACAAGAAGAAAAAGGCAGUUUACUAGUGGAAAAUCAAGCUCUUAUGGAGCGCCUCAACCAAUCUGAUUCUAUUGAAGAUCCAAACAGCCCAGCAGGACGUAGACACCUUCAACUACAAACUCAGUUGGAACAACUACAAGAAGAGACCUUUAGAUUGGAAGCAGCAAAAGAUGAUUAUCGCAUUCGAUGUGAGGAACUUGAAAAAGAAGUUUUAGAAUUACGACAACAGAAUGAGGAGCUUACGAGCCUUGCAGAAGAAGCUCAAUCUUUGAAGGAUGAGAUGGAUGUACUUAGGCACUCUUCUGACAAAGUGAGUAAGUUGGAGGGCAUGGUAGAGUCAUACAAAAAGAAGCUGGAAGAUUUGGGUGACUUGCGUCGACAGGUGAAGCUUCUUGAGGAAAAGAAUACAAUGUACAUGCAAAACACAGUCAGUCUAGAGGAGGAGUUACGAAAAGCAAAUGCUGCAAGAGCCCAACUGGAAACAUACAAGAGACAGGUUCUUGAACUUCAAAACAGGUUGUCUGAGGAGUCAAAAAAGGCAGACAAAAUGGAGUUUGAAUAUAAAAGAUUAAAGGAAAAAGUGGAUACUCUUCAAAAAGAAAAAGAUAGGUUAAGAACCGAGAGAGAUUCUUUGAAAGAAACUAUUGAAGAGCUGCGAUGUGUUCAGGUGCAUCAAGGCCAACUUUCAGCCGGACUUAUUCCAAUGAAUAGUCAAGAGGCAUCAGACAGUUUAGCAGCCGAGAUACUCACACCUGAAAUCAGGGAAAAGCUUAUCCGGCUGCAACAUGAAAACAAGAUCUUGAAGUUGAACCAAGAGGGAUCAGAUAACGAAAAGAUAGCUCUACUGCAAAGCUUGCUGGAGGAUGCCAAUAGAAGGGAGAGUGAACUGGAAACAGAGAAUAGGCUAGCCAAUCAAAGGAUUUUGGAAAUACAGUCUCAGGUUGAAGAGCUUCAGAAGGCAUUGCAAGAUCAGGGCUCAAGAGCAGAAGAUUCAAUUCUUCUGAAAAAGAAACUGGAAGAACAUCUAGAGAAGCUUCAUGAAGCCCACACUGAGCUUCAGAAGAAACGAGCUUACAUUGAUGAUUUAGAACCAAAAUACAACAACAGCUCUCAAAAAAUUGAAGAGCUUCAAGAGGCCUUGAGAAAGAAAGAUGAAGAUAUGAAACAAAUGGAGGACCGAUACAAAAAGUACCUAGAAAAGGCUAAGAGUGUUAUCAGGACUUUGGAUCCCAAGCAGAACCAAGGAGCAGCCCCAGAAGUUCAAUCUUUGAAAAAUCAGCUGCAAGAAAAGGAACGAAUGUUGCAUUCCUUAACGAAAGAAUAUGAGAAGACAAAGAUUCAGAGAGAUCAUGAAGAGAAGCUGAUUGUUAGUGCAUGGUAUAACAUGGGAAUGGCUCUUCAUAAAAAAGCAGCAGAAGAAAGGCUUGCCAGCACUGGUUCAGGACAGUCCUUCCUGGCUAGACAGAGACAGGCAACAAGUACACGGCGACCUUAUCCUGGUCAUGUUCAACCAGCAACAGCAAGGUAGAAGGUAGAGCCAAUGGCUGUAAAAACCAAUCAUGCAGUAUAUGAUUUAAUGACUAUCUUCAGUUACUUGGAAAGUUUCUUCUGUUAAAUUUAAAAAAAAAAUUAUGUUAAUGUUUCAAUUGAAUGUAUUGUUUAUUUAGCCUACAUAUUAAGUUUAAGCCACAAGUGUAAUAUAAAAUUAAGUACUGGAAUAAAGUUCUGUUCCACAUUCCCUCACUGGCAUAAUUUAUUCAGCACUGGUGAUUGGGAAUGCUUUCCUUCUCAGCUUUCAAUUUCCACAACAGUAUGGUUUAAUGCUGUUUUUAAAAUUGAAAUUAUUUCACCUUUUUGUUCAUUGUCAUUUAUUUGUAAAAUAUGACCUAUUCCUUAAUGUAGGAGAUCAAUAAAGAUGACAAGAUCGAAAGUACCUGGUCAGUGAUAUAAUUGCAUAUGGCUGUUACCUGACGUGAAGUUGACUGGUAACAAGGCCUUUUCUCGAUAUUGUGUGUAUCUUUAUCAGGUUUAUUUUAUAGGAAGAAUGUAAGCAGAAAUAAAGCCAUCAGGACAAUUUUAUCAAUGACUACAAUAAAUAACAUGAACUCACGUUCAAGCAAUAAGGUAGUGUGUUCUUAUUUUCAAAUCAGAAUCCCAUGUCCUUAUAUUCAUUUUCUGAAAUGGAAAAUGUUGGUUAGACCGAGCCCCGUUGUUACAUUGGUUGACAAGUCAAAACUCCUACAUUUAAUAAAUUGAUAGUCUGAGUGCCUGUAAGAAUGGCUUGAAUGGAAAAUAAAUGUUUCCAUUUAAUGCUGAAUAAUUGUAAAGUAUAUAUUUUGUCCCAAUUGAUAUUUGAUGUUGAUUCUGCAUUGCUUAUCAUUAAUAGAAGUGCCCUGUUUUGCAGUCCUGCCAUCUUUUACAGUAACAUUAAAGAUUUAAAGUAGUAACUAGAGCAUGCUUUUACAUCUAACAAUGCUGGAGUUAAAGUGCAAAUAAUCCGUAUUAAUUUGUUUCCUACUAAAUUAUGAUCCAAUUACAAUGCUUUUAUAGAACAUGAUUUUUUUCAACAUCUUUGAGUCAUAGUGCAAAGUAAAUGCAUGAUAAGUGAGUUAAAUAUUAUACUUCUAAUUGCUAACUCCAUUUAAUAAUUUUACAAUAUGCUAACCAAAAGUAAAGAUAGAUAUUGAGAGUAGUUUUACAGAACCCUUUGUGUUCAUAUAAAGAUUAGUUGGUCCAUCAAGCCUGUUGUGUUCUGCAAUCAUUCAACUCUACACUGCUGAGAAUUAGAAAAUCGCAGUCAGCAUGUGGCCAGAUUUUCAUCAGGGUCUGCAGUGGUGAUGUUUCUGCUCUUAACAAUACAGAUUUGUAAAGUUACCUUUCAAAUGUUAAAGCUAUUGAUAUGAGGGGAGCCGUUUGUUCUCCAGAUGGUUUUUGUACAUAAAAGCACCUCCAUAAAAGUGACAACAAAUGACACUUACCAACUUCUAGAAUGCUUUUCAAAUCUUGAAACCUAUGUUUAUCAACUGGGUGAUUCAGACCUUUGGGUGUCCUGCCCUUCUAAUUAUCAAUGGCAGACUUUCCUGUCUCGGCUUUAUACGCUAGAAGCUGCUGUAUUUAACUGAUUAAUAUUCAUUCUGAAGGAUUAAUUAUGAUGCAAUCAUUUCGAAAGCAGAGGAACAUUAGUGGCCUGUUAUGACUCAUGACUGAUCUCUCUCUCUCUCUCUCUCUAUCUCUCUGUGUCUCAACUCCAGCUACUAGCCUUAGGUUUUAGUCAAGGGUUACAGAACCAUCAGUCUUAUUUUUGAUGUUUUCAAUAGAUCUAGUCGUGACGGUCCUUUUUGUGGGAGACAGUUGCAGAUUUCCACUACCCUU